AUGGAACUCGGGCCCCAGAAAGCGGGAAGGACGGCGCCUGGAACCUCGCGAGCGGCGGAGGAUGUUUUCCGGCUGGGGUCCGUUCAGCUGCCAGCUGAUCACCUAACGCGCCCCUCUCCGUCCCCAGGAGCGCCCCGACGGGCCAUGGACGAGCCAGGAAUGAGCCUCUUGGACCAGUCGGUGAUCAAGAAAGUGCCCAUCCCUUCCAAAGCCAGCAGCCUCUCGGCCCUCUCCUUGGCCAAAGACAGCCUGGUCGGCGGCAUCACAAACCCUGGUGAGGUCUUCUGCUCUGUGCCCGGCCGGCUCUCGCUGCUCAGCUCGACGUCCAAGUACAAGGUGACGGUGGGGGAGGUGCAGCGGCGACUCUCACCUCCCGAGUGCCUCAAUGCCUCCCUCCUGGGAGGCGUCCUCCGCAGGGCCAAGUCCAAAAAUGGAGGCCGAUGCCUGCGGGAACGGCUAGAGAAGAUUGGACUCAACCUGCCAGCUGGCCGUCGCAAGGCUGCCAAUGUGACGCUGCUGACUUCACUGGUGGAGGGAGAGGCUGUGCACCUGGCCCGAGACUUCGGUUACGUCUGUGAGACUGAGUUCCCAGCCAAGGCAGCCGCAGAGUACCUGUGUCGACAACACGCUGACCCUGGGGAACUGCACAGCCGCAAGAGCAUGCUGCUGGCUGCCAAGCAGAUCUGCAAGGAGUUUGCAGACUUGAUGGCUCAGGACCGCUCACCUCUGGGCAACAGCCGGCCAGCACUCAUCCUGGAGCCCGGAGUGCAGAGUUGCCUGACACACUUUAGCCUCAUCACCCAUGGCUUUGGCGGGCCUGCCAUCUGUGCUGCCCUCACUGCCUUCCAGAACUACUUGCUGGAGUCACUCAAAGGGCUGGACAAGAUGUUUCUAAGCAGUGCAGGCACCGGGCAUGGUGAAACCAAGGCUUCGGAGAAGGAUUCCAAGCAUCGGAAAUAA